AUGCUUAUGUAUAUCUCGAAACUUUUACGGCUGCGUGUUCACCGCACUAAAUUGCAGUUUACGCAGUGGCUGGACGCGGUCAUCUUUGUCUUCUCGUUGGAAAGUCAGGAAAGUAUCGAAACAGCUCUGCAUUACUACGAACAAAUGUCCAAAUAUCGCAAUAUCAGUGAAGUACCGGUUCUAAUGGUCGGCAUGCAGGAUGCGGUGACAGAGUCGAAUCCGCGAGUAAUCACUGAACAGGAAGGUCGGCAAAUGGCCAAAAGCCUACCAAAAUGCUCCGGCUACUAUGAAGCAUGCUCAACUUAUGGCCUGAACGUUGAUCGAUUAUUCAAAGACAGUAAGUGCUUCAUUACUUGA